GUGGAUCAGCACAACGAUUCAUGGGUGGAUUUUCCCUUUAGUAAAGGGUUGCUCACACUCCAACCAGCAGGUGGCAGUAGUUUAAACACCCUGUUCCUGACAGAGAGCCUGAAAAGCCAAAAGGGGCAUCGAAGAAAAGAGACUAGAUAUGAUUAAAGAAUAGAUUAAAAAAUAUAUAUAAAUAUCAAAAAUAUGGCAAGGCUAAGACUAAAAGUAUACUCAAGUUAGAAAUUCAAAAGAAAUGGCAGGAAGAGCGGGACAGAGGGAAUUAGGUUUACUAUACUAUACUAUAGUAUUUAAAGAAAUAUGAGAAAUGAGAGGAAACAAAAAUAGAAAGGAGGAAGAAUUUAUGUCAAGGAUAAGGUUCGGUCACAGCGGUCUAAAAAGUACAUUAAAAAUAAUGAAUAUAAAUGCUACGGGUAGAUGUGAAAUACUGUGGACUACAGAAAACGGUGGAGCGUGUGUUUUAUACUGUUCUAGAUACCAACAAAAGAGACCAAAGGAUUCACGUGACACUAGGUCUUAGUGAAAUGUUACAGAAGAGCUCGGGUGAUGUUUGUUACAGGGCUAUUUUCAGAAUUUUAGAAAACAGGAAUUAUUAGGAGAAUAUUAAGUAUUAGUGCAGUAAGCGUUCUGACACACUCCAAUGCAGAAGGGGGCGGCAAUGUACCUACAGGCUUGUGUGUCACCCCCCCCAGCAAUAAAGAAGAAGACGAAUUCGUGCUAGAAAAGCAAGCAAACAGCGCGGUGGUGAGGUGUACCGCCGCCUGCAAGUGAAAAUUUGAUUGCAAAUGCUAGCUAACUGCUUGACAGUUUGUUGUUGUUAUGGAUUUUACAAAUUGCCAAAACUAGUUUCGGGAUUUUAUCGUACCCCGCUUAAAGGAAUUGGAGUCGUCCUGCGGAAAAGUAUUUGACAUUCACUCAGCUGGAGUUGCUGUGACAUGAUGUACUCAAACAGGUCUGAGCACAGUCACAGGCGACAGUAUGGUGACAGAAGUUCAAGGCAGUGGGAAGACUAUGACGACAGAUGGGAAGAAAGGCGUGAACCUCACAGAGAUGUACCACGUGAUUCCUAUCAUAAAUAUGGUGGUGAUGGACACACCAGCACAGAGAGAACAAACAGAAGUAGAGAGUACAGUGACUCACCUAAGAGGCCGUACAAUAAAGAAUCAGUGAGCAGAGACUGGAGCAGAAAGAGCCCAGUGAGAAAACACAUGUCUUCACCUGAUUGGGAUGCUGCUGAAAAUAAAAGGGGAAGGUUUACAGAGGAUGAUGAAGACGAUUACAGAUACAGGCGUGAGCCUGAGGAUAAAACAUACAGUCAGUCACCAGAUGGUUUUUCACAUUUACAUGUACCCAAGGAUUUUAAACACACACUACCACAGGAAGAGGAUUUCAAAUACAGGAAAACAUCUCAAGACUCCAGACAAAGGCAUCGGCAUGAGGAGUUUACCUACAGGCAACAGCAUGAUGAUUACAGACUAUUGUCUGGAUAUUAUAAAGAUAGAGAUCGUAGUGAAAGGAGCUGGGACCGUUCAGAGGAGAGGACACGAUCAAAAGAGCACUCUACAAAGAGCUGUGGCAAACCCAGAGAGAGGGAUGACAGUCCUUCCAAAGAUCAUGAGGAUCAUCAUCAAAAUAGAACAAGGUUUCCAUUGAACGAAUCUAGUGGACAGUCUUUUGAGAGUGAUGUCACCAAUCAAAGUCCUACUGUUCCUGAGCAGAAGUCAACCAAGGGUUUCCAGCGUUUCCUCGAUGUGCUCAACAAGGGUGUCAAUGUCGCCAUGCUCACCAAGAUAGUAACUCAGACCUCUCCGGAAGUCAAUGAUGAACCAAUUUCUCCAGUUUCUUUCAUAAACGGUGCAGAUCGUCUGUGGUCUCCCAGUUCUGCAGGGAGGCACCAAGAAAGCCACCAAAAUAACUGCCACUGGAGUGAGAUCAAAGGAUCCCAGAGACCAGCUUCACCGCAGCCUCGUCACAGGUCCUUCAGCCCAAAGGGAUGCUCCCUGUCUGAUGAAAAGUCUCUGCAAAGGAGUGACGGAGGACAAAACUUCGACAGCCAAAACAGUAGAUCCAGGUCUCCAUCAGUGGUGGGAAAGAUAACCCUGACCCCUGAGGAUGAGCACAAGCAAAGGCAAAUGCAAGAUGUUCUGCAGGCCAUUGGCAUGGAUUUGGGAUCUGAGGAACUGGGCCAAAUGUCUCAUCGAAUCCAGGAGCGGUUAUACGGAAAAAAGGAGAGUGACCAGGGCCGCCAUUGUAGAGGAAGUAGGGAAGGGGACACAAGGCAAGCAUUUUCUCCGAGGCGUCGAAGUAGAUCGUCAUCAUCAAGCAGAUCUAAUUUCAGCUCUUUGACUCAGGACACUUACAUGAAAAAAGACUCAUGUGGUGCUCAGAGGGAUGUAACAGAGAUAAAUCAGUUACAGGUACAUCAAGCUGUUGAAUAUGGCCAGAAUGGCAGCAGUAGUUCUUUACAGGACAGUGAAAAAUGUGAAACUAACUCCCAGGAAAGCACUGCUGCAUUGCGCACAUUUUCUCCAAAUACCACAUACAGUUUAUCCGAACCACCCCUUACACAUGUGAUGCCGAUGUACUCUCCAGUGAACUGUUCACCGCUGCCCUACCCAGCUCUGCCUCCAGCUCUGCCUCCUAACUUGCCCCGUGUUGGAUCUGGGCUUUUCCUGCCUCGCCUACCUCCCUUCCUCCCAUACCCACAUAUCCCACCUCUGAACAUCUUUCCAGCAGUACUCACUCAAACAAGGCAUCUACUCCCACAACACAUUAGUAAUCCUCAGUCAACCUUUAUUAACCUACCAAAUACAAACCCAAUUCAGCCGCUGAACACAACACAAAAAUCAAAAACCCCAUCAAGGCCCCGAUGUUUGCAGGUCAUUGAAACCAAACAACCUGGAUGACGACAGUUGCAUUGGGUAAAAAUCUGACUUUAGAACUGACUGAUAGAGUGGAACAAAUAUCUUCUCCCUCUGGAGAAUAGUAGACAAUAUUCAUAGAGUUAGCAGAUGGGCCUUCAGCGUGUCCUGUUGUAACUACAAAUCAAAUGUUUGAACAUCAAUCAGAGAAAAUCAACACCGAACAUUUGCAAUCAACCUGUCCUGCAGCAACAUAAAGUAAUGCCAAAAAUGAUGAAAGCAAGACCAACAAUUAAAUUAUUAACAGUAGUUAGUUCACAAAACUUUCAGGUGGUGAUGGAGCUGCGUCCAUUACCCAGUCUGUCCUUGUACCCAUAGCACAAUAUCAUGCUAAAGAAAAACACA